UUCUCAAGCUGUGACGUGCCUGCUCUUGUCAAUAAAUGCCAAACCAUCGAUGAGCUUGUGUUGUUGCAGCAAGUCCAUCGUACAAGAUGUCGGUGAAGAUCCUGUCCAUCACUCUCCUGCUGAUCUUGGUGUGCCUGGCUUUCCACCCCACUGCAGGUCGCACUCCUGGGAGGAUUAUACCAUGCUGCCCUGACGUCACCGUAGCUAAUAAAACCCAUGAGGUGACUGGAAACACGUACCGUCUGCAAAACCCCAGGCCUGGCUGUGUGAAGGCAGUAAUUUUCAACACAGGACACGGGGGAAAGCUCUGUGCUAGUCCUGAUGAGCCAUGGGUGAAGAACCUCAUUCGCAAUAUGACGAAAAACCCGUGAAGUGGAGAAUCCAUGAAGCGUCAGUGACUCUCUGUUGCUAUCUGAGAACAGCCGCUACACACGAGAGCAACAUGUACCUUCAUUAAUUACGCUGAACAUAUAUCUUAAGCUGAGUUUGUAACCCAAACCACAAAGUUUGUCUUUCAUUUUCCUACCUUUUCCCACCCCCUCUCUUUAUGAAUACCACUGUGUUAUUCCUUUCCCACAUCAUGCAGAUACAACUUCUUUUUUUUUUUCUUUUUUUUUACAUCAAAUCUAAUUCACAAAAUGACAAUAUGCAUUAUAUAAACUGAUGAAAAUAUGACGAAGAAACAUAAGUUAGUCUCAAUAAAGUAUGCUUAGCAUGUGUUCGUUUUAA